AUGCAGAAGGUUGCAAUGGGAGACCGAUCUCAAUUCGACGAUGUUGCUAAUGUCACCAUUGGGGGAGAGACUACAGUAUUCACAGAGCCCAAGGGUGGUUCGGAGAGCGAUACUGAAGUACACCAUGUCUUCAAUGAGCAGACCAAUUAUGUCCCUAGGAGGACCAUCAUCACGAUAUUCCUCGCAUGUGCCAGUGUCGACUUAUUAGCUCUUAUGGACCAAACUACAUUAGCUUCAAGCUUAUACAUCAUCGCUGAUGCGCUGAAGUCAACCGACCAAGUGUCGUGGAUUGCCAGCGGAUAUUUCAUAACAUCAACCGUAGGACAACUUUUGUAUGGGCGGCUUUCAGACAUCUGGUCUCGUAAAGUGAUCCUACUCAUCGGCUUAGCUAUCUUCUUCAUUGGCUCCUUGGCGUCAUCUCUUUCCCAGACUGUAACUCAGCUGAUCAUUUUCCGUUGCUUCACCGGCAUCGGCGGAGGUGGACUGAUGACCAUAGCCCAGACCAUCGUUAGCGACGUGGUGCCGUUAAGGGAAAGGGGGAAAUACCAAGGAAUCCUAGGAGCAGUUGUUGCCAUUGCUAAUGGAAUCGGUCCUGUCAUUGGCGGGUCUCUCUCCUCUAUCUCAGAAGACUCUUGGCGGUGGAUAUUCCGUUUGAAUUUGCCUCUUACCUUGUUGACCACAUGUUGCGUUAUAUUCAUUAUGCCGCUAAAGAAAGUGGAGGGGGACUGGAAAUUAAAGUUGAAAGCUGUCGACUUUCUCGGCAUUAUCCUUACUCUAGCUGGUGUUACCGUCCUAAUGCUAGGAUUGACAUGGGGUGGUUCUGAAUACCCAUGGGACUCCGCUGCUGUAAUCGUUACCUUGGUUCUCGGGCUCGUACUCUGUGUAGCCUUUGUUCUGUGGCAAUGGCGCGGGCCACGGUAUCCUUUAGUACCUUUACAUAUAUUCAAGUCUAAGAUCGUCAAUGGAGCCUGCCUCACUAUGGCCAUAAACGGUUGGAAUUUCGUCGUUCAAGUCUACUAUGUUCCUACGUUCUAUCAACUCGCCUAUGGGUACUCCGCAACCAAGGCUGGCGCUAUGUUGCUCCCAAUUACGCUCAUACAGACGCUUAGCAGCACAUUGUCGGGUCUAGUGGUUCACUGGGUUGGCAGGUACCGCGAAUGUAUCUUGUUUGGAUGGGUCUGUUGGGCUAUCGGCCUCGGUUUAAUGUCAACGCUAGACGAAAACUCAGGACUCGGGAAACAGAUAGGGUAUGCCAUUAUUAUUGGAGUAGGGGUUGGAAACACACUCCAGCCAGCUCUAAUAGCAUGUCAAGCUGGAGUCGAGAGGCGAGACAUGGCCGUUGUGACGUCUUUUAGAAACUUCGUAAGAAAUCUUGGAGGAACAUUGGGUCUUGCUAUCUGUGGUACCAUACUGAACAACAUUCUAGCGAGUUCGAUUUCAUCGCUAGAUAUUGACGGCGCCGACAUCAAGGAUCUCCUCAACGGCCCGCAAUCUUACUUAUCGUCUUUGCCUCUAGAUGAGGCGUUAAAGAUCCGAUCAGUCCUCAUUCCUGCAUAUCGCCAAGGAUUUAGGGUGAUAUUCCUUGUAGGAGCAUCUCUGGCUGCUUUUGCAUUCGUCAUUUCCUGGUUCAUGAUGCCACAAGUUGAACUUAGCCGUCCUGAUGAUGAAAAACUGAAAGAGGAGGGCCGAAGGCAGCAAAUGGCAAAGAAUGCCCCAACCCCUUAA